AUGGAAAAUGAAAAAUAUCAACAACUUGCAACGUCGUCCAUCGACACCGACACCGCCUCCGCCGCCGACCUCGCAUUACACACGCCCGUCUCCGCCGCAGCCAUGAGUUUCAUGCCCGUGAACCCCCGUCCGAUGCUCCAGGACCUCGUGGGCAAGCCUGUCUCCGUGCGGCUCAAGUGGGGCGAGACCGAAUACAAAGGCGCGCUCGUGUCGAUUGACAGCUACAUGAACCUGCAGCUGUCGGACACGGAGGAGUUUAUCGACGGCGAGUCCACCGGCCAGCUGGGCCAGGUGCUGAUCCGAUGCAACAACGUGCUGUGGAUCCGCGGCGACGAACGCGACACCAAGAUGGAAGACUAG